GUAGUCGACACGUAACGUCCGGUUGCUUGUGGUAAAGCGCGUGCGACGUUCUCUUGGUUUCCAUUAGGCCCCGGCUCUACCGAGAGUACAGAAGCAUCGUGCGGUGGUAGCGGCUGUUGUUGCUUUUGUCGUUAAGUAAAGGACGGUCUACUCUGUUUUCUGCAACGAGAACUCAUCGCUAUGGAUCACGACUACAGAAACCAAGCAUAUGAAGCAAGGGGUUCGGACAGCUUGGCAAGCCCGUCGUUUAUGAGGGAACGUGACAGUGAAAGGUCUGUCUCCUAUGAACCCAGACUUUCUCAGGGUGGGAGAGGGCCUUUUAGAUCUGGUUAUAGCGAACCUAAAGAAAGGGUCUUUGAAGAUUCUAUUGAGGAUCGAUAUGCAAACCUGUAUCGGGACAGAUUUCUCUCAGACGACAGAAAUGAGAAUGGAUCUAGCUGGAAACAAUUAUACGAAGCUGAACGAUUAGAAAGAUUAAGAGAGAGCCACUUCAACAGAUUGGCUUUACUCUAUCAGAAUGAUCCAUCAGCUGGCUUUCAGGGGAGAGGCAUGCAUGCUUAUGACAGUGGGAAUCGUGGUAGACGCAUUGCUUCUGCCAGGGGACAGCUGCGUGCCAGGGGACAGCAGCGUGCCAGGGGACAGCCACAAACAAGAGGACAGCUGCGCACCAGGGGACAGCUACAAACAAGAGGACAGCCGUACGCCAGAGGACAGCAACAAACAAGAGGACGUGGCAGAGGCAGAGGUGGCUUUGUUAAUACUAGAGGAGGAAAGAGAAAGAUUGGACAGACACCUGCAUCUCCUGGAAUGCCUAUGAAGAAAAGAAAGCAGACUACUCCUGGGGCAAGCCCAGCUGCCAAAAAAAAUCGGACAGCCAAUGACGAUGAAGUUAAAAAUGAACAGAAACGACGUCGGCGAGACAAGAACAUAGAGAAAAAUGGGACCAAUGAAUGGAAGCCUUACUUAUGUACACUUUGUAAAUUCCGAUCAUAUGACCAUAAGGCUAUUGAAGAACAUUUUGAGAGUGAUUCGCACAAGGAAAUGUUGGAUUACAUACAGAAGCAAGGUGUGCUUGAAAAAGCUGUGGUUGAAUUUCUGCAUGAAAAUUUGGUAAACAAGUACAGAAAAAUAGCAUCUUUUAAGACGCAGAGUGGGGUAGUUAAAGGACUUUCUGAACCAAAUUUACUGGAUGAUGCAGCCCCAGAUGAUCAUAUGGUGAAGUCUGAUACUGUGCACUGCAGUGCAUGUGAUGUAUAUAUUCCUGCUCUACAUUUUUCUGUUCAGCUGCAUCUAAAAUCUGUUGGGCAUAUAAGUAACAAAGAGACUUUGAAGGAACAAAUAAAAAAAAAUAGCGUUUUGACUGCUCAAAGAAUGAUGAGAAAUCCUGGUAUAAAAUCACGAUGUGAACAGUAUUUGAAGGGUGAAAAUCCAUUUGAAGAAAAGGAAACUGAGGCUGAUGAUCAGGUACCACAAGAAGAGAAAGAAAUAAAGGAAGCAGGAGUGGAAAAAAUGCAAGAAGCGUAAUGUGUUGCUCAUGUGGAAUAUUUUACUUCAGACCCCAUGGCUGCCUGAGACGGCUAACAAUUAUGCUAAGUUGUAAUUGAAUGUUUUUUUUAGAUCUCGUCUGGUGAACAUAUAGCAAUUCUGUUUUAAUUCAAGAUUCAGUUUUUCCUCAUUGUUAUAAAUGUGCAAUUUUACUUUGUUCUGCAUAAAAUAAAUUUUUCUGGUGCAUA